AUGGGUAGAAGAAGGGCACAAGGCGUGAAAAAUGAGGGGUUGUUGUUGAAUUCUCGAAUUGGGUUCUUGUGGUGUCCCCAAGAUGAGAAUUAUCACAUUGGGGGGUUGUUUGCAAGUGUGGGGCAAAUGGGGAUGGGAUUUGGGAUGUCCCCAAAUUCUACUGACAAUGCCUUAAAGCUUCCGAUUUCGUUUGGGAAGCACGGGUUGCCAGAACCUGGUUUGUCUAUGGGUGGAUUGGUGGAAUCAGUGCAGGGUGAAGCUUUGAAAGUUGGAGAGGAAGGGGUGCUGACUACGAAAAAUAAGAAAAAAAGUGGUCUUAACUUAAAAUUUAAGAUUGGGAAUCCAUCGUUGAGGAGGUUGAUAAGCGGAGGGAUUGCAGGUGCAGUGUCACGGACUGCAGUGGCUCCAUUGGAGACAGUAAGGACUCAUUUGAUGGUAGGUAGUUGUGGCCAUUCAACGACUGAAGUAUUCCAGAAUAUAUUGAAGCAUGAAGGAUGGCAGGGCUUAUUCAGGGGUAAUCUCGUGAAUGUUAUUCGGGUUGCACCAAGCAAGGCCAUAGAGUUAUUUGCUUAUGACACAGUUAAGAAGCAGCUGACGCCAAAACCCGGAGAGCAUCCCAAACUAUGUAUACCUGCUUCUCCAAUUGCAGGUGCUGUGGCGGGAAUUAGUUCUACCUUAUUCACUUACCCACUCGAGCUGCUCAAAACUCGACUCACUGUGCAGAGGGGCGUUUACAAAAAUCUUGUAGAUGCAUUCCUGAAAAUUGUAAGGGAUGAGGGACCUGCAGAACUAUAUAGAGGCCUCACUCCGAGUUUAAUUGGAGUAAUUCCAUAUGCUGCCACAAACUAUUAUGCCUACGACACGUUAAGAAAGUCUUAUAAGAAAGUUUUCAAUAAGGAGGAAAUCGGAAAUAUUGCUACCCUUUUAAUUGGAUCUGCAGCUGGUGCAAUUUCAAGCAGUGCAACGUUCCCUCUUGAGGUGGCUCGAAAACAUAUGCAAGCCGGCGCUCUCAAUGGGAGACAAUACAGAAACAUGCUUCAUGCCCUUAUAAGUAUACUUGAACACGAAGGGGUCUCGGGUUUAUACCGGGGCUUGGGCCCGAGCUGCAUGAAAUUAGUCCCUGCUGCUGGAAUUUCUUUCAUGUGUUACGAGGCAUGCAAGAGAAUACUGGUCGAAAAGGAAGAUUCAUGA